AUGGUCAGGAAAAAGCUUGGAGGUUCGACUCUAUCUCCUGAGGAGGAAGAAAUCCUGAGAAUUCAGGAUCAAGCAAAGAUUGACUGUGAUGAUGAGCAUCUCAUAAUCAUUAAGCAAAUCUUUAAUGAUUGCCUUGCCGAUAUUGAGAACAAUAAUCCUAAUGAGACCGUCGAAGAUGAGAAUUAUGAAAUAAAGCCACAAGAAUCACUAGACAAGAACAUCUUCGUUGAAAAAGUUCUGUCUUCUGAAAAGGCACAGCCAUUCUUAGACCUCAUUGCUAGAGAUCCAAAAGGUGUAUCAGAGAUUGAAGUAGAGACAUUUGCUCAAGUUCUUACUCGUCUAAAGAACUAUUACACUCAUAAAUACAUUGUGUGGGAGAAAGUUCUUCCGUACUUUACCAGAAAGGGUUCUCCUAUCUCAGAAAUGGACUACAAAAAGCUUGUUUCCAAAGAUGAUAAAGACAAAGAAGUUGAUGAGAAUGAGAAAGCAGCUAGAAAUAAGAGGAUUAAUGGAGAAGUACGAGACAAAAUGGCACAUAUGCCAAUGUUCCCAAAGAAAGAAGGAGAAGACAAAAGGAAAGGCCUCAGCAUUAGAGAAAGGAAACUUCAAGAAAUGAUUAAGUAUAAUGAUCUUGAAGAUGAAUAUGAGCUUUCUAAGAAAUUCAGAGCUAGACCAGUCCCAAAAUCGACUCUUGAGCCACGCUUUCAGAGAAUAAUGGAGGCGAAUGAAAAGAGAAGGAAAGAUGUAAAACAACAAUCUAUUGCUAUGACUAAGCAAAGUGAAAACCCUUUUUCAUUCUAUGAAAGAGAUAUGAAGAAGCUCCUCCAACCACCAGUGUACGACCCUGAAUAUGAUGUUAUGAACUAUGAACCAUUUAAAGCUCACCCAGUACCUGGCCAUGCCAAGAUUCAGAUGUUCAGAUACAAAACUAACAAGGAAAAUAAGGAAAGAGAUUCGAGGAUCAAAGCCAUGGCUGAGCUAUCUCUAUCCCAAUCUAGGCUUCCUCCAAGAAUGGCAAUGUAUGAGAAGCAAAGACUAACUAAAGAGGUCCAAAAGAGGUCUAAAUCUCUUGGAAAUCCUGAGUUCACAUUCAAACCCAAGAAAUGUAGAGGGGUUCCAAACUUCGAAAGAAUCCAUUACAAGUUCCAGAAAGAACUAGACGAGAAGAGAAGGGCUAAAAGUGCAACUAAAGGAGAACCUUUCAGGUUCUGUGAGGCAAAGCCUAACAAAGCUUUGAGACAAUACAUGGAUGCCCAGAACAGGCCUGAGGAGAAGCUAAUGACCUUCAAGAUGAGAAAGAUGCAGACAGAGAUUGAUUCUCUAAAGCCACCAGCUAAGAUUGCCAGAAGCACCCUUAAAUACGAAUCCCAAGUUGCAAUGAGAAGAGCUGAGUUAGAAGAAAAGCUUAGGAAAGAACUUGAAGAAGCUAAAGAUGAGCUCGACAGGGAGUAUAAAAACACUAGAAUGAAGACUAGAGUAAUUAAGUCUCCUGCUAUUCAUGAUAACACUCAGUAUUUAAGAGAGAUGCGUGAAAGAGCCAAGAGACAGGCUAGGGAUAACAUGGAGAUCCUUGAGAAAAUCUACGAAAGAAAGAGAGCAGAAAUAGACGUUAAUGUAGCAAACCGUCCUCUUCUUGUAGAAAUGCAAUCAAAGAACUUCUAUGAAGAAUAUCUUAGAAUGCAGGAAGUUGAGAAGUAUGCUAACUUAUUGGAGGAAGCCAAGCUUGACCCUAAUGAACAUCUGAAAGAACAUGAGAAAAUACUGCUGCAGAAAGCAGAAGCAUUUGAGCAGCUUAAUGCAGAGCAUGCUUAUUUCCCUACUGUUGAUCAAGCGUUCUUGAGUCAGCCAUUCCCAGAACAAAUUGAUCCCCAGCAGUUUAAUCAAGCAUAUAAUGAAGAAAAUGAUAUGGAUGAGGAAGGAUAUAUUAAUCAAGUAAAUGAAGCCCCUGAAAUGGAAGAGCAAGAUCAUACUGAGGGCGGAGGCAUGGUACUUCAACCCCCUCAAUAUGCAAUGGACGAAGACGAGUAUGAAGAAGAAUAUGGCCACCCUCCUCAGCCAGAAGCUAUGGCUUAA